CCCCCUUCUGCGUCUCUUCUUCUUCUUCGGCCCGCGUUUGAUAUAUGCGGGCGCUCCAUUUGGCCGCGGACCAUGAGCAAUGACUUGAGCACAUGGGGGAACACGACCGGCGAGGACGUGACGACGGUUCCGGCCAGCGCGGCCGGCGGCCAGGGCGGGUACGUGCUGCUCCUGGUGCUGCUCUCCACCUUCAUUGGCGGGACCCUCGUGCUGCUCUUCGGGGUCUUGAUCAUUUGCCGGCGCUGCUGCGAGACGGACCGCCGCCACUCCAGAGCCAGCGAUGACCCGGAGAAAACAAACACCACUUACCUGGAUGACUCCCAACCGGCUCAAGAGAUCACCAUCAAGGUGGACGACCCCGACGGGGUGCCGGGCGCCGGGUUCCGGGACGCGGAGAGCGAGCGGUUCCUGACCUCGGGCAGCUCCACGGGGAGGAGGGUCUCCUUCAACGAGGCCGCGCUCUUCGAGCAGAGCAAGAAGACCCACGAGAAGGGCCGCAGGUACACCCUGACGGAGGGGGACUUCCACCACCUGAAGAACGCCCGCCUGAGCCACCUCCCGCUGCCCCCUUCGGCCGCCCUCAAGAUCGUGACCAUCCACGAGUGCGAGUCCAGCGAGAACAACGUCGGCAUGACGCCCCGCCGCCCCCCCGCCAAGCCCAGCCUCGCCAUCUUCCAGCCCCGGGGUGCCGCCCUCCUGCCGCAGACGGCGCUGACCGGCCACGGGAUGUGUCCCAGCUCGGCCUUGCCGGGGGACACGUUCAACUCUACCGUGGAAGUCAGUCCGUCCGUUUCCUCCGAUUCUGGCGAAGGGACCUCGUCCGACGGCGCGGCACGCAGUCCCAAGGGCGCCACCGCCGGGGAGCCCGCCCCCGCCCCCCCGCCCCAGGGGGCCGUCCUGCACUUCUUCACCCGCCUGCGCCGCCACGCCAGCCUGGAAGGAGCCAGCCCCUACUUCAAGAUCAAGAAGUGGAAGCUGGAGAGCAGCCAGCGGGCCUCCAGCCUGGACACCCGAGGUUCCCCGAAGCGGCACCAGUUCCAGCGCCAGAGGGCUGCCAGCGAGAGCAUGGACCAGGAGGACCGGGACGCGCACCAGACAGACAUCAUCCAGUACAUCGCCCGGACCGAGGACGUGGUCUUCCGCCCCACGGCCGGCCCCCUCCUCCCGGCCCCCGCCAGCCCCACAUUAUCUCUCGGCAGGAUAGAGCCUCCCAAGCUGCCCCCCUCCCCGCCGGCCGAGCCCCCCGCUUUGGACCAGCCCCCCGCCCCGCUUUACCACGACAUAUGGAGCCUCCGGGCCUCGCUGGAGAGGUACGCCGCCUCCGCCUCCCCUGCCGCGGACCACGGCACCGACCGGGAGUCCGUCCGCAGCGACGACGGCGGGGACGGCCUCUCCUCCAGCGGCGGCCUGCCCAGCUUCCCUUCUUCCCUGGUGGACGAGGCCGAAGAGGAAGACCGGCCGUGGGGGAAGCCCAAGCAGGACAGCGUGGAGUCGGAGUCCGGCACCCGAAAGCUCUUGCAGAUGGACAGCGGCUACGCCUCCAUCGAGGCUCCCGGCGGCCGGGUGGGCGAGGACCAGACAGCCUCGGAGAAGCGGUUCUGCUUCACCAGCGCCGGGCGCAAGGCCACCAUCUUUGAGAGCUUCGAGGGCCAGGAGCUGGAGGAAGAGGAGGAGGGUGCGGUGGGUGCGGCAGUGGGUGCGGCGGGUGGUGCGGCAGGUGGGCUCCCCCCGCACGGCCUGCUGGUCUGGGCCCCCUUCGGGCAGCUCUUCCCCACCCGGGAGGCCCCGCCCCGCCGGGACUACAGCAUCGACGAGAAGACGGACGCGCUCUUCAACGCCUUCAUGCGCCACGACCCCCAGUUCGACGAGUCCCCGCUGCGGGCCAAGCACCGGUCCCGGACGCACCUGCGGAAGCAGUGGCAGCGCACCAAGCAGUACAGCGACCCCGGGGUGCGCUACCCGCCGGCCCUCGAGCGGCACCGGACCCCCCUGCGGCGCGGCGACAGCGUCAACUACCCCCCGGACGGCCGCUUCCACGGCACGCUGCCCCGCAUCGUCAGCGCCGGAGACGAGGAGGCCGUGCCGCCGGCCGAGGAAGGUGCCGACACCAUCCAGGCCAUCGAGGAGGAGCCGCCCGAGGAAGGCAAAGCGGCGCCCGGGACGUACGGGGGCGAGUGCGAGGACGGGCAGUGCCCUGGCCUCGGCCGCCUGGGCUCCGAACUGAUGGACAAGAUCGCCGGAGGGCUGGAGGAAAGGUUCUACAUGCACUUGAAGAAGCCCAGAGAGAGCCCGGAGCGGGUGGCCGUGGCGGCAGAGGCCUCUCCCGACCGCAGCCCCGAGUAGAGGCAGCAGGGCCUCCGGGCCGGUCCAUCUCUGUCUCUCUCCGUCUCCAGUGGCGGCGGCGCCCACGCAGGGUUGGCCAGCUGGCCGGGGCCGUGGGCAACCCGAAGGGGCGAGGGGCCGCCGCGGACCAGAACGAGCGGUGCUCUCCGACCAGUGCCGGGCAGAGGAAGGCACGUCCGACCGGGAGCGCCCUCCGCCAUGCCGGGUCCAAGGACCGGAGGACACCCUCGCCGGGCCCGGACCCACGGAUCCCGGGGUGCCCAUCGCGGUCAGCAGGGGUCCCGUCCCUUCGCAGCCCCUGACAAGGGAGGGAGGUCCUGACCCGGUCCGUUGGGCCUUCUCUCCCCCGCCUGACUGCCUGCCCGACACCUGCCACAGCAAAAGCAUCCAGAAGAAGCUGGGACUUUGCUUGAACGGGCAGCCAAGUGACACCUCGCAGAGGCCUGGCAGUUACCUCGAGACCUGGUUGUAGCAAACGUCCUCGACGCCUCCGUCUCCGUGCACUCUCUCUCGGCCUCGCUCUGGUUUUUCAAAGCAAUAACCAAGGCCUUUCCUCCUCCUCCUCCUCCUCCUCCUCCUCCUCGUCCCACUUGCCAUCCGUCCUCAGACAUCCUCGUGGCGGUCGGUGUCUCACCAUCCUGUGGCAACGAAGUCCCGUCUCCUCCAGUGACCCCGUCUCUUGUUCCCUCUCCAGGCAACCUUUCCUUCCUCUCGUCCCUUCAGGACUCGGCCGGACCCCUCGCUGCCCGUUCCUCAGUUUCCCCAGCGGCGUUUCUCUCUCCUCUCCUCCGGUUCCAAGUCGGGUGCCGCUUCGCUGUGAUGCCGUUGUGUUACGGGCGAGCGAGCGGAGGAGACGGGGCAGCAGCUCAGAGUUCUGGUUCGUACAUGAGGCCAAAGUGUCUAGUCCUCAUGAGGCCGGGAUCGCGAAAGGACUCUCUCGUCCCCAUCCGUGAGACAGGGGAGGAUGGGUGUCUGGGGGUCCAAAGCAGGACACGGACGCGUCGUCCGCACCGUUCAGACUCCAAACGCAUGUCUGUCCUCAUUCCGAGAUGCCUCCCCAACUCAAGCCAAGCGGGUGCGUGAUUUUAAUGUAUUUUAAAAAUAUAUUUAUUUGUGUGUUAUUUUUUUAAAAAAAUACAGGAAGUGAUGCAUUUUGUUGCACAUUUGGAAGCUGAUCUUUAAUUUAAUAUUUAAUUUAAUUGGGCCGGGUUUGGGGGGGGGGGGUUCAGAGGUCGCUCUCCAGCCAUCCUGUGAAUGUGCCAACACCUUGGGUUGCGUACACAUUUUAUUGUUUUCUGCUUGAAAUAUGUGCAUGCCAAUGCGGAGUGCAUUCGGUCGGUCGGGUGUUUUUGUGGGGGGAACGUGUAGGGGGUGCGGGUCCUCCGGGGUUCAAGCCCGAACUUCAAGUGUCAAAGAGGCGGCGAGAGGACGAGACCACGAGCCAAACGCAGCGGAAGAAGGGCGAUGGCGGGAAAUCCGGCGUUGAUUCCUCGUGUGUCUCUCGCCUCCCUCUCGGCCGCCUUUUGGGCUCAAGCCGGGUCUUGGCUGGCGGCCUCUCCCGACCACCCUGCGGCCAGUGUCCAAACCCCAAACCCCACAAACCUCUUUUUGGAAGGGAACAAAAACUUUAUUAAAAACAACGUGCCAACGAGAA